UUCAUUGUUAGUGGUCACCCCGCACAGAUAGUUUAUUUGCUCAGUGACGGGCGUUUCUUCGACCACACCGACGUCUUUUGUUGUCUUAUCCCAACUCGGUCCUCGGAGCCUGCGGAUCGAGGGCUGGAUCGUACCAACCCAGCGCAGCGGCAGCCCGACUCCCAGUCGGUGCUUGUAAGCUAGGCUAGGCCUAAAUCGGUCGCAUACACUUAUGGACUUUGGAAAACAAGCUUAACAUUCUCCGGAAUCGCGUGUGAAUGGAGCAGUGUGCGAGUACGGCCUCCCUGCUGGCCUCGGUGCGGGAGCAGGAGAGGCAGUUUGAGAUGCUGAGCCGAGCUCUGGAGGAGGAGCGCAGGUCGUGCGCCGGUACCCUGCCCCGCCCCCUCCCCACCAUGCAGAACGGACGCAUUCCAUGUGAUGCAGACAUAGAGAGGCUCACGCUGAACGAGGGCUACAUCAACGGGACACAUCAUUUCAGGAUGGAUCCUGGUCCAGUGGUGCAGGAGACGUACGCGGUGGAGGAGGACCCCCAGGAGUCUCCACAUGUUGUCGCAGUGGAAACUAGUGAAGAUGGGAUCUUGCGGCCCACAGAAACAGUGGUGAAGAAACCAGUUAAGACCACCACCACUCGCACAGUCAUCCCCUCUGUGUCAGACACCCUUUCCCUGGAUGGAGGGGGUUCAGUGACGGGGAUGGGGAGCUACCCGGUUUCCAUGGACCGGGUCUAUAGGCCGGUCCCAGGGGUUGGGGGGCCCAUGGACUACCCCACCCAUACUGUGCCCCGCAACUACCACUACGGACCCCCGGGGGGAUAUGACGACUACCGCACAGGACCCCCCUCUGACACCUACACUAGUCUCACCCGGGGUGCACGCAUGGACGACCGAUACAGACCAGUGCAUCCAGAUGGCUACAGAACUCUGGAUCCAAGCUACAGAGCCCCCAGCAGGAACCAGCUGGACCCCUAUGCUGCUCAACCACAGGUUGGUCGUAUGGGCAGUGCCAUGGAGCUAUCGGGCAUGCAGAGGUUUGUCCCCGAGCCGUAUGGUUUGGAGGAUGAUCAGCGUAGCAUGGGCUUUGACGAUGCAGACUAUGGUUUGGUACCCCCCAUUCACUUCAGCACUAUGCCCCGAAACCACCAUGCCUUUCCCCAUGGACCCCCACGCAGGACCGGGAGUUACGAGGGCACCCUGGAUGGUGACAUGAGUGGCGCAGGGGACAUGUACUACUGGGGAUCAGCACCACUGGCCCAGGGUGAAAGAGGAAGCAUGGCCUCAUUGGACAGCACUCUAAGGAAAGGUCCUGGCCCUGGGGGGUGCCGUCAACCAGAACUGCCUGAGGUCAUUGCCAUGCUCAACUACAGGCUGGACCCAGUCAAGAGCAACGCAGCUGCUUACCUGCAGCAUUUAACCUACAAGAACGAUAAAGUGAAGUCUGAUGUGCGCCGUUUGAAAGGCAUCCCAGCGCUGGUAUCCAUGCUGGACAAUCCAAACAAAGAGGUGCACCAUGCGGCCUGUGGAGCGCUGAAGAACAUCUCUUAUGGCAAAGAUCCGGACAACAAGAUCGCCAUCAAGAACUGUGACGGAGUGCCUGCCCUGAUCAGACUGCUGAGGAAGACCCACGACCAGGACCUCACUGAUACUAUCACAGGGACGCUGUGGAACCUGUCGUCUCACGACUCGGUGAAGAUGGAAAUUGUGGACCACGCACUGCACGCCCUCUCCGAUGAGGUGAUGGUUCCCCAUUCGGGCUGGGAGAGGGGGAGCAAUGGAGGAGGGGAGGAAAACUGCAAGCCCAGACAUCUGGAGUGGGAGACGGCACUCACCAACACAGCAGGCUGUCUGAGGAAUGUGAGCUCAGAGCGAAGUGAGGCAAGGAGGAAGCUGCGGGAGUGCACAGGAUUGGUUGACUCGCUCAUGUACAUCGUCCAAUCCCAGAUUGACUGUAAAGACGUAGACAAUAAGUUGAUAGAGAACAGUGUGUGUCUCCUGAGGAACUUGUCCUACCACGUGCACCGUGAAAUCCCCGGCUGUGAGCGCUACCAGGAGGCCAUACCCAUCAACCAGGGCCCCGCCCCCAGCAGCCAGAAGGGUGGCUGCUUUAGUUCUCGCAAGGGCAAAGAUGAGUGGUUUUCCAGAGGUAGGAAAGAUGAGGACGGAGCUGCAGACGUAAUAGACAUUCCAAAGAGGACCACACCGGCCAAAGGUUAUGAGCUGUUGUUCCAGCCAGAGGUGGUCCGCAUCUACACCUCCCUGCUGAAGGAGUCCAAGAACCCCACCGUGCUGGAGGCCUCGGCAGGAGCCGUCCAGAACCUGUGUGCUGGACGCUGGACUUAUGGCCGGUACAUCCGUGCCUUGCUGCGCCAAGAGAAGGGUCUGCCCAUGAUGACUGAGCUGCUUGCUCACAGCAACGACCGUGUAGUGCGGGCCAUGUCAGGAGCCCUCCGCAACCUGGCCAUCGAUGCACGCAACAGAGACCUGCUAGGCAAACAUGCUGUGCCUAACCUGGUAGCCAACCUGCCAGGUGGUGGUCAGAGCCAGCCAGUGCGAGCGCUCUCAGAGGAGACGGUGGUGUCGGUGUUGAGCACGCUCCACGAGGUGCUGGGCUCCAGUCUGGAUGCAGCCAAGACCCUCAGGGCUUCACAGGGAAUCGAGAGAUUGGUGCUCAUCAACAAGGACGGCAAUCGCUCUGAACGGGAGGUGCGUGGGGCUGGCCUGGUGCUGCAGACAGUGUGGGCUUAUAAAGAGCUUCGGCGCACUCUGGAGAAGGACGGCUGGAAGAAAACAGAUUUCAUGGUCAACCUAAACCCUCCCAGCAACAACACCAGGGCCAAUGGAGGAUAUGAGGACAGCACUCUGCCUCUUAUAGACAAAGGGGCGAAAGGGGACCAGGAUAGAGACAUGAUUCCAAUGAAUGACUUGGGACCAGAUGCCUACUCCACACUGGACCAGAGAGGGAGGAGGAACACGCUUGACAACACACUUGAACCUGCUGACAGAGAUGCAGUACAGGGAGGGAUGUAUGGGGAGAGGCAGGCCUCUUUGCCUCUCGUGGAUUCUUACGAUGGUUAGGCCACACCCACUGUCACACUGCAUGUCAGCGCAUGAAAAACUGAUAGUGUGCAUCACAAGACGACAGCCUCCUCCCACCUACUGCCCCUGCUGAACUGACAACACUCACUGAGGGACCUUGACACUACCGACUUGACUAAACUGUUCUUUUCAUUCACUCUUCUGUUCCUCAUUCUUUUUCACUCAGUCUUCUCUCUCUCUCUUUUACAUUCCUCCACUGAACUUGACAAACAGACGUUAGCCACUAAUGAAACAACAUGGAAAACAGACGUGGCUCUACGCUCCCUGUGGACAACUUGACGUGAUACUAUGACCACUGCAAGCCCCAAAACGCUAACCACUCACCAGUGACUGUGGCCACAAGCUCCUCCCACAACACUAUUACAACUCGAUGCAACAGCGCUACAACUUCUCCUGACAACACUAAUGCUCCAACACUAAUACUCAAUGGCACUGCAAAGCCGGACAGCAACAAAGCGGUAACUGAGGCUUCAUCCGGGAAACUACAACUUUUAUGACUUUGGAGUUGGGAGCUUCACAAGACUUGCCAAACUAAUUAAAGGGAACUGUUGGAAUCGGAACAACACACUGAGGAAAAAUCUACACAAAAUGGGUAUUACAAGAUGUCUUGAUUAAAUGGAGCAAACAUGUUUUUUUUCCUAUGAUGGUUGAGUAUUACAAGAAAACCAUUUCCUACAACAGUGAAACCAAUGUUUAUUGACUUGUUCAAUUGGCUGUGAUGCUUCUUCUGUUUUGAUAGUUAUUAUUCCUGUUCUUGCUUUGCGCUGUACCACAGUAAUGUACAUGUGCCAAAUGAUACUGCUACUGCUGCAACUGCCAAUACUGAAUGCUAUCUCCUGAGAACUUUCUUCUCUUUCUCACACACACACACACACACACACUUACAGCAGCUGACACUGAAAACUGUCAUUUGCUUUGUUCUGUAUGCAGUUGUGUCAUGAGUCAGUGACGGUCCACUGCUAAGGUGCAUGGGAUUUUGCAUUUUCUGUAUUUGAUUGUUGCUCAUAGAUUAAAAGGGGUAGAGGUCCUUGUAUGGAGAGCUCCACAACUCACAUACAGAAAUAGACUGCGUAGAGCAGACGGAUAAUGUUCUGCCCUGUUGCGAUUGGGAGUAUAGUCUGUGCUAUGCGAUGUUUCUGUUAUAUUCUUUUCAUUAAAUACUAAGACUGCUUCUUUUUUGUUUUCGGGAGAUAUCCCAGGAUUUGAUUGAUUCAGUGAGUGCAUUUCUUUUUAUCUGCAAGUCUAUAUUAUGAAUGUGUAAAUGUGAGACUGCCUCUAACGUCUGUGUAGGUUAACUGGAGUGCCUCGCUCAUUCACGAUUGGUCUGAUGGGUGUCUCCAAGAUGACAUGGCUAACCAAUCAAGGUGUCUUUUUCAUUUUUUUUUUUCUUGGUAGCACGUUUCCAGGCGAGAAUGUAUGGAACUCAACAGUGAUAUAUUCUACGAGAUACUGGAAUAUAUGAGCUUAUAUUGAUGUUUCUGUGUGUGGGUGUGUGUGUGUGUAAGAGAGAGUAUGUAAGACUGUAUGCAUCAGCCUUGACUUUGUUGUUCAGAUUGUUUUCUAUAGAAUUUAAAACUCUUGAGUUCUGUAUAAUAUCCUGCUCCACAAACCUGGCUUGAUUGGUAGGUGAAGAUUACAGAACAGUACUUGGGAGAGGACAAAUUCCUGUCUGUGUUAACUUUAUUUCUUAAGUACAGUGCUUGUUCUGUAGAAGACUGCAUAUUCUUAUUGACAAGUAAGAUGUAGAUAUUUACUGAGUGGAUGAUUUAAACAAAUAAAAAAAAAAAGCACUGGGGGGGAGGAAUGGUAUGGGGGUUAAAACGUGUUUUUUUUUUUUUUUUUCCAGCUUUUCCAUGUUUCUGUUUUCCAUGCCAAUUGAAACACUACAGAGGAAUUUUCAUUUUCUCAAAUUAUUGAGUUGCCUUUCAGAGUGAACGGACUAAAGAGGGGAACAGAGGAGAGGAAGGGUUCAAUUUAAUUAAUCUACAGUCAUAGAUCAGGCUUUGCUAUUAGAUAAAGUGGUGAAAAAAUAAAAGCACAUUUAAACUAUAUAUACAAGAGAAUAUUUGUUAAUUUGAAUGGUUUUAUGUAUUUCUUUUUUUAUAUCAUGAUUUGGGUUUAAUUGUUUUGGGUGCUCUGGGUGAACGCAUUAUGCAAUCAGUUUUUGUUUGAUUGAAAACAUUCACAGUUUAUAUCUUCUAAAUAAAUACAAAACAAGUUUAAAAAAAAGUAACUUAUGUCAGUCAUCAGAUACUGGAACACUAAUCGACAAGCUGAUUCUGGAUUACACCUUAAUCUCUUUGCCUUGGCUCUUGAAGUUGCACAUUUUCAUUUAUGAAUGAAAUAUGUAACUAGCAAUACUGUUUUUAAUAAUAAAAAAGAUUUUUCAGAA